AUGAGGCGCUUAGCUGUCCUACUGCUGGCCGUUCAAGGCACAUUCGCCUGCUUCCCAACUUCUCAGAGACAAUAUCAAUAUGGUGCUCCAACUCAGCAAUUUGGAGGCUGCACACCACAAUGCUGCGGUUGUUCUCAGGCUCAAGGUGCUGCUCCACAACAGGUUGCUGCUGCUGCCGCCGCGAGAGCUGCUGGAAAGACGCCCACCGAACCAAUCGCCGUCAAAGGAAGCGCUAUUGAAAGUCUACUUGGACAGAAAGUUUCGCUCACCGAGUUCACUGCUGAUGGCUACAACGCUGAGGGUGGAGGUCCAGUUCAAUCAGGAAACGCCCUCACAUGCAAUUUCGAUAAUCGACCGUGCUGCUGGGCAAAUGUGCCGUCACCGGAUGAUCAGCUCGAUUGGCAGGUUGCCAAUGGUGUGCCAGUUCAACUUCAGAAUCGCGGUGUCCCAACGCCAGAUGGCACUUAUCUUGUUGCUUAUGCUAAAACUGCUGCUCCAUCGGAUGAAGCUCAAUUCGCUUCCUGCUCCAUUGGAUGCGCUUCCAGCGACAUUGUCGUUCGGGCCAAGCAUUGGCAAUCAGAAAAUGUCCUUCUUCAAGUUUGCCUACGCGAAUCAUUCCCAAGCAACGCCGACAGAAAUCCACUAUUGAAUUGUCAAGAAUUCCCAUAUGUUAAUGGAAUCGGAACCACUGAAGUCAUUCUUCCAAAGACCUCGCUUGUUGAUAUUGUGUUCGUGGCUUCGAACUUUAUCGGCGAACAAGGCGACAUUGCAAUCCUUGAUGAUAUCGAAGUCUCGUACGACCGAAAUGGAGAUGAAUGUCAGAACGAGUUUGAGGAGAAUGGACUCGAAGAGGAAGUCGUCGAGAGCAACAAACAACAUCCGACAAGUGCCGAUAAGCGUCGCGAACUCAAUGAGAAGACGCAAACCGAGGGGCAUUUGGUACCAGCGAACGAGCGAUUCGGAUCCGGCGGAUUCCGCGGCGGCGAAAAGGCGUUUGGCGGCGCGAAGGUUGCCAGUUCAUUUGGCACGGAACAGGGAAACGCCGCCGUUGGAACCGAUCAUGCUGAAGAAACGGUGUUCGCCAGUGUGAAAACAGCGAAACUUCCAAACGGACACGUCGUUGCCAAGGGUGCCAAGAGCGCACAGUUCUCCGAAACGGUUUGCAAUGUGACGAAAUGCGAUUUCGAAGAUGAGAACAUCUGCUCGUACAAGGAUGCCCAUACCACUCAAUCCAUUCGAGGGCUUACUACUAAGUUCAAUGUCGUUACUGGGCAAUUCAUGAACCGAGUUACUGGAGUUAAAGAAAGCACUGAAGGUGACUAUUAUGCCGCUACAUUCUUGUUCCCAAGGGAAAUGGCUGGUCUUGAAGCCCAAACCGAGCCAUUCACUGAGCAAUCGCGUGUCCGAUUCCACUAUUAUGAGGGCACUCAUGGUGUUCAACUCAAGGGCUGCUGUUCGACCAUCGAGAAUUGUCCAUUCAGCUCCGAUAAGUUUGUGACGGUUGCUGACCGCGCAUGGAAAACGGCAUCAUUCAAAUGUCCAAAGGGAACUGAUAAGGUGAUCUUCAUUUGUGAGAAUACCCGCACAAAUCAAGGAGCCUGUGCCGUCGAUGGCAUCGGUCUUGUCGAGGCCGAUGGACCAUUGAAGACCGCCAAGCCAUUAUGCUAA